UUUAAUCUGCAAGAGACCAUAGAAAAUAAAAAAUAAAAAAUAAAACAGGAAAAAAAACCAAAAUUUGAGGGUUCAUUCUAUCUCAAGUUUUCUGAGAUAGAGACCUGAACUCCCUAUUGUUCUUCUAUUUUUGUUGUUGGAAAACAAUUCCCAUUUAGAAGCUUUUUCUAGCUCAUAUUAUAUUCAAAUUAAAUAAAAUACAAAUAGUUAAUAAUGGGGUUCAGUGGAACAUUAGAGAAAUGCAAGGCUUGUGAUAAGACUGUUCAUUUCAUCGAAAUGGUAACAGCUGAUGGAAUUAAUUAUCAUAAGACGUGCUUCAAGUGCAGCCACUGUAAUGGACUUCUUGUGAUGGGCAGCUAUUCCUCAAUGGAAGGAGUCUUGUACUGCAAACCUCACUUUGAGCAACUCUUUAGGGAGACUGGAAGUUAUGCCAAGAAAUUCCCAUCAUCUGGAGAAAAGAAAAAUGCAUUGACAAGGACUCCUAGCAAAUUUUCCUCCAUGUUCAGUGGCACACAAGACAAAUGUGCUCGUUGUAACAAAACUGCAUACCCUUUAGAAAAGGUGAGCGUGGAGGGAGAAAGCUAUCACAAGUCAUGCUUCAGGUGCUCUCAUGGAGGUUGCUAUAUCUCACCUUCAUCUUAUGCUGCUCUAGAUGGUGUUCUUUACUGCAAGCCCCACUUUGCUCAGUUGUUUAAGGAAAAAGGAAGCUAUAAUCAUAUUCGAAAGAGCAAUUCGCAACACCAAAUCGAUGCAUCAGAAGAAACCAAAGCAGUACCAGAAGAAACCAAAGCAGCACCAGAAACUGAAACAGAAGAUGAACCUGAAGCAGCCCAUGCACAAGAGCAGUCUUAAGCCAUUAAAAUGUCCUGCAUCAUAUAUUUGUCCUCAAUUAGGCUAAAGCUAAAUAUGGGUAGAUUUUCGUUUUCCAUUUUUGGCUAGCUAUGAUCCAUCUGAACCAUAAACAUUUUUGUUUGAGGAGGCUGCUUGGAAGUUGUUUACAGUUGCAAAACUGAUGGGGAUGUUUUUAUUUUAUUUUAUUUAUUUUGAUUAUUAUUAUAUGACAGGGGCAAGAAUAAGGAGUUGAGUUUAUAUUAAUUUUCACAAUCAGGGACAGAUUUCCAUAUGGUACUUAUGUUGAUCCAAUCAAAAUAUUGACUUGCACCUUGUAUUUGAGAAGAUAUUGUUUGAUUUUGAUGUUAUGAUUUGUAUUUGUUGAAUUGAUGAGAAGUUUAGUUCAUUUGUACUUA